AGUAGAUCCAGUCACAUGAGACUACCACUUCUCUCUAAAAGUCUGGCAUACACAAGAUGCGGGGAUAAUCACUGGCACUGUUGCACACACAGUCGAGUAUCAGUUUGGAAUCCCCCAUUAAACUAUAUAUAAAAAUGGGGGAAAGGUAUCAAACGGCACAAAUUGUUCAUCCUGGGAUGCUCGAAAUCGAAGGAAUGAGAUUGAUAAUUCCGGUCUUCCGGAUGACACCGACGGAUAGAGUCCUCAUCGCCGGUAGCUCCAGCAGCUCCAGAGACGGGCCCUUCGUGUGACUGCCUCUCAAACGAACCGAACGGCGGAAAUCGCUCCUUGGGAAACGCGUUAGAGAUGAUUUCUGGAAACAUCAAUUUCUUUUUCGUUUUCUUUUACGAGGAACAUCAAUUUCUUAGUAACAGUGAAGCAACAUAUGAGAGGACAACAGAAUGGUGCACAAGACUAAGAGUCGGCGUGAACACGGUGAUGAGAACUCAUGUAAGUGCGCGACGGCCUGACAGUGGUGCAAUGACGGGUCUUCUUGUCGUGAAAUUUGGAGUCCGAAGGGUUCCCGGCUUGAGAGCGUGUGGUGGCCUGGGCAGGUCGGGAUUGAGACACCGGAUAAAGGGGUUUUCGGAUUCUGGUCGUGCUUUCUAGCGGCAUCCAAAGGAACAAAAUAACGGAGGAGUUAAGGGUGGCUGAAAUGCAACCAAAAAGAUUAAAUUUGUGUUUAUUUGGUCUAUUUAAAACUUUAGUGUCCAAUCUAAAAUUCAUUAAAAACAUUGAUGUCAUCUUUGAUCCUUUUCCCUGUUAAUAAUUAUGCAAAGCUUUUUUCAAGAUUUUACAUUUAUUCUCUAUAUAUAUACCGGU